AAACAUCACUCCAACUUCUGUUGAGAGAUUGAGGUUGAGCCUUACUGAUUUUUUCUCUGGUGAGACUACUCCCGAUGCUGUCAAAUUCAAAAUUAAAGGUGGUUCCAAGCCUGCUGGUCAACCUGGCUUGAUGGGUGCUUCUUCAUCAUCUGCUCAUGAGAAUGUCUCCCGAGUUGAGUUUGAGGAAUUUAAAAAGUGUCUAUCUGUUGUUGUCAGCCAGCAAGGGAUACUUAUGAAAUCUGUUGCUGAGAUGAACAAGAAGCUGGACAUUCUUAUUGAGGUGUUUUUUUAAUUGUCAUUACUUUUUAUGUUAUUUUUUUAGUAGUGUUUUUAUGUUGUUUUAUACAGUAAAUUAAUUUUUUAAGUUUUUUUUGUUCUCAGUCAUCCCAAGGUGGUCUUACUCACAAUGGAUCUCAGUCUGAAGAUGCUCUUCGUACUUCAGAAAAUGAGGAUGAUGAAGAUUCCACUUCGGAGGAAGACGAGGAUGAUAAAAUCGACGAUGACAAAGGAGAUGAUCAUCAUGACGAUGAAACUGAUGAUGAUGAUGAUGAUCUUGGUGGAGAUGGUGUUGGUGCUGGUCAGGAUGAGGCUCACACGGGGGAUGUUCGUAACGAUGAGGAUGUUGUUGUCCCCGAGGUUGUUUUGAGGGAUGAUGAUACCGACAAGGUGGAUGAUGCCAAGAAUUCUGACCCUGUGGAACCUCUUGCAGAGAUCAAACAGGUGUAUUUCUUGUUUGGACAUCAUUUUUUUUGUGCUCUUUGUGUGGAUUUCUGUGUUUUGUGUUUGUUUUAUUAGUUUUUUAAUGUUUUUUUUGUUGUCAGCCUGAACAGUCUCAAGGUGGGGAGGAGAACAUUGAUGUUGAUGCAACAAUUGCAUCUGCUGUUAAAGCUGUGGAGAAUUUGAUUGGUUCCUCAACUCAUGUCCCUGCUUCUGUUGAGACUUCUGAGAAGACUGAUCUUGAAAUGGUUGUUUUUCAAGAGACUCCUAUUUUACGUCCUCAAAAGAGGGAUCGGAAGAAAGGAGCUGUUUUGAAAUCUCCAUUCAUUGAGCUUGCUUCUGGUGCAUCUAAAUCAGGUUCAUCCUCAGUUUCUCCUGAUGAUUCUGUGUAUAAGGUCGUUAAAUAUGUGCGUGGUUUGUGUCUGUUGGACAACAAGAUUGGUGAACAUGUCGAUCCGCAAUUGGAAGCUGAGUUUGUCACGUGGGUUGAUACAGGUCUUAGAAAGCAUAAAUCUAAGUAAGUAUUUUUGUAGGUGUUUUCAGUUAUAUAUCUCUUAUCGUUUUCCAUUUAGUUUUUAAUUUUUUAUUUGUGUUUUGAUAUUUUUUUAUUUGUUUUUUUUAGCACAACAACUAAUGUGUAUUGUAAGGGUAAGGACACAAUAUUUUCGCCUUUUCGUUUUGGUGUUGAGGACAUUAGCAACAAGAUGUGGUUUCACAACCUUGCCUACCCUAAUUGUUUCCUUACCAAUUCUGUAAGUUUUUUUUUUAUUAUUAUUAUUAUUAUUAUUUAUAUAUUUUUGUUAUUUUUUUUUAAGUUUUUUUUUUAUGUUUUUAAGUGUUGUUCUGUUAGUUUUUUUUAUAAGUUUGAAUGUUUUUUUACUAAUUUUUUUUGUACAGCACAUUGACAUUAUUUUCUAUUAUCUUCGUAAGAAAAUAAUGUACUCAGCCGAGCCGAAAAUCAAAGUCAGCACAACUGAUUGCCUCUUUUGUUCUAGCAUAACAAGUUUGUAUGAGAAGUUUGUUGAGAAAAACAACGAUAUAUCGGUGUUGUCUCUUUCUCACAAUGUGGCCCAGUACAUUCAAGGUGGUAAGAUAUUAUGUGCCACUCCUUGGCAUUUGGUUGAUCAUGUUGUUAUGCCUAUCAAUGUAAAAUUACAGGAUCAUUGGAUUUGUGGUCGUCUAAACAUAGCUGAGCGGCGGAUAUAUCUGUACAAUUCAUUGCGUUCUGGAAGGUAUAUGACAGCUGCCAAAGAGGCUUGCAAGCCUUUUUCUGUUAUUUUACCAUAUUACUUCUCUAUGUUAGACUUCAAAGGCCUUCGCAACGAAGCUAAGUUUAGCACUAUGGAACCGUUCCCUAUUGUUGCUGUUGAUGGUUUACCCGAGCAGGUCACAGCUGAUUGUGGUGUUUUUGUAGCAUCAUUUGCUGAGUAUUUCAUUGAUGGCAAACCCAUCCCAUCCUCUGGUUUUGAUGUGGAAAUUCACCCCGAUCGUUUGGCUGUGUUAUUUUAUCAAUAUGGCAUGAAGAAGCAAACUGAGAACAUUGAAAGUGAAUCUGAGGCCCCUCCCAGCCUUCCCAAGAAGUGAUUUGUUUUUUCAAUCAGACUGUCAUUGUUCUUAUAGUUUUUUAAUGUUGUUUUUAUGUUUUUUUAUGUUGUUUUCGUAAACAAACAUUGGUGUUCUGUUAUGUUUCCUUACAUUUUGUGUGGACAAUAUGUAAUCUUUAUUUUUGUAUGUUUUUUCUUAUUCUUCUUAUGUACAAACAAGUUGGUAUGUUAAAGUUGUUAGUUUUGUCAUUUCACAUCCCUUCUUUUUAUGUUUUUUUUUCUUAUAGUUUCUCUGUUUUUUUGAAUACAAAUAUUCAUUUCAGUAUUAAAAACACAAACUGUUUCAAUAAUAAACUUCAUAUAUAUAUUCAAUUUAGUAUCCAACAUCUUUUCAUAUCCAAUCUAAAGUAUCAUCAAAUCCCAAUGUAAUCAAUGUUUUUCAAAUAAAAACUGUAUUCCCUUUGUAUUUCAGAAAUUUAAAUUCCUCAAUAUCUCAUUCUCAAAACGUAUGUGUAGUUUUCUUUUGUUUUUCCACUGUUGUUCUGUUGUUGUUUUUAUUCCCUUCUACGUCUUCUGCUGCAUGUUCUUUUGUUAUGCCCCAGUUCACCACAUUUGCUGCACUUGUUGUGUUGAUCCUUUUCCCAUCCAGCCUUCCUUCUUAAUGUUUUUGGUCUUCCUGAUUUUACUCUUUCAUGUGGAGGCAAGACUAUAAUAUUCUUCACUUCUUCCGGUACCUCCCACUCACUUUGGUGUCCUAUUGGGUAAACUGUCCCUGAAUAAGUUGCCAGCCAAUUUUUUUUUGUGUAGUAAUCUGAACAGUAGGUGUACGGGUCCAUGUUCAUCUGCCUCAUCACGGCCACAGCGUGCCCGCAUGGCAUUUCAUCUAUUUGGAACCUGUUGCACGUGCAUGUUCUUUUUUCUAGGUCUACUUCCCACGAUUCUUUCAU